UGUUCCUGUUCCGUACGGGGCGAAAGCGCUGUCAAAAUGCCCGAGCCGGCCAAGUCCGCGCCCGCGCCCAAGAAGGGCUCCAAGAAAGCCGUCACCAAGACCCAGAAGAAGGGUGACAAGAAAAGAAAGAGAGCACGGAAGGAGAGCUACUCGAUCUACGUGUACAAGGUGCUGAAGCAGGUGCACCCCGACACGGGCAUCUCGUCCAAGGCCAUGGGCAUCAUGAACUCCUUCGUCAACGACAUCUUCGAGCGCAUCGCCGGCGAGGCGUCGCGCCUGGCGCACUACAACAAGCGCUCGACCAUCACCUCGCGGGAGAUCCAGACGGCCGUGCGGCUCCUGCUGCCCGGCGAGCUGGCCAAGCACGCCGUCUCCGAGGGCACCAAGGCGGUCACCAAGUACACCAGCUCCAAGUAGAGCGCCGCGGAUCCUGUUUUUAACCCAAAGGCUCUUUUCAGAGCCACCCACGUUUUCCCUGAAAGAGCUUUAACACAGUAGCGUGUCUCAAUGUUUAAUCGGCUUGAAAAAUAACAAAAGACAUAAGGAAGGUAAAAAAAAAAAACCUGCCUUCUUAAAUCCAAUUAUAAUUGUUUGCACUAAAUGAAAAGAUUAAUCUCUGGAAUUAUUGGUCAAUAUCUUAUACCUUUAAGCAGUUUAAGAUGUGUUGACAAUCACUUCAGAAUAAAUCCUGUUCCAAUAAAU